UAAAAUCUAAUUAAUUACACCGUCUGAUGUUGUCAAUCUGGAUUUUUGAAAUCUAGUCGGACGUGAAACUCUUCUAAAAUCCGACAAAUUUCUCUCUCUCUCUCUCUCUCUCUCUCUCUCUUCUUUCUCUCUCCUCUCUGUCUCAGGCCCCUUUUGAAAUCAAGCUUCACUCUUUGUCUAGUUUUCGCAGAGACACACAUACACACACAGAGAGAGGAUUGAGUUACAUACAAAACGUACAUAGAUGCGAGUGUGUAUAAACAUACAAGAACUAAUUCAAAAUCUCAGUUGUAAAAUAAAUGGAAUAAACUGAGAUUUUCUCCCUCUUUUUUUUUUCCUCAAUUUCAAUUUUCUCUGGACCUUGGGCGUUGAGGAGCCUCAACUAUUUCCUCUUCGGGUCCGGAGAUUUUAGGGUUUUUUUUCUCUCUCUCCUGAUUGAUGCCCAAUUUUGUGUGUGUGUGUGUGUGUGUGUGUGUGUACAAUUAAGCUGAGAUACGUGUAUGUGUGUUUAAUCUGUGAAUGAUUCGUUUUAGGGUUUAGAUUUAUUUGUAAAAAAAAAAAAACGUUGUGUAUUAGUGUAAUAAAAUCAGAUAUGGACGGGAGGAGAAUAACGGCUAGUCCGAGGCCGUGCUCUGGGCGGCGAGUGGUGGCGAAGAAGCGGCCCCGCGGUGGUUUAGAUGGGUUCGUUAACAGCGUGAAGAAGCUGCAGAGAAGGGAGAUAUCAUCCAAGCGAGACCGCUCUUUCAGCAUGAGUGAUGCUCAAGAGCGCUUCCGCAACAUUCGGCUGCAGGAGGAAUACGAUACACAUGAUCCGAAGGGAUAUUGUUCUAUGUCGUUACCGUUUCUCAAGAAGAGGUCAAAAAUCAUCGAAAUUGUUGCCGCUCGUGAUAUUGUCUUUGCUCUUGCACAAUCUGGUGUCUGUGCAGCGUUUAGCCGAGAGACUAACCAAAGGAUAUGCUUCCUCAAUGUUUGCCCCGACGAAGUCAUUCGGAGCUUAUUUUACAACAAAAACAACGAUUCGCUCAUCACAGUUUCCGUUUAUGCUUCUGAUAACUUUAGUUCCUUGAAAUGCAGAACAACGAGGAUUGAAUACAUACGGAGGGGCAAACCCGAUGCUGGUUUCGCGCUGUUUGAGUCCGAGUCAUUGAAGUGGCCUGGUUUUGUGGAAUUUGACGACGUAAAUGGAAAGGUUCUUACAUAUUCCGCCCAAGAUAGUAUAUACAAGGUGUUCGAUUUGAAGAACUAUACAAUGCUGUACUCCAUUUCCGAUAAAAAUGUUCAGGAGAUUAAGAUCAGUCCAGGAAUCAUGCUAUUAAUAUUCACUAAAGGCCAAGGCGGUGUUCCUCUACAGAUUCUCUCAAUCGAGGAUGGCACUGUUCUGAAAUCCUUCAGCCAUCUCCUUCACAAAGGCAAGAAGGUCGAUUUCAUCGAACAGUUCAACGAAAAGCUGCUUGUCAAGCAAGAAAACGAAAACCUCCAGAUAGUUGACGUACGCAACACUGAGAUAACAGAAGUGAGCAGGACAGAAUUCAUGACCCCAUCCGCAUUCAUAUUCCUGUACGAGAAUCAGUUAUUUCUCACAUUCAGAAACCGAACAGUCGCUGUUUGGAAUUUCCGAGGAGAACUCGUCACUAAAUUCGAGGAUCACCUCUUAUGGCACCCCGACUGCAACACUAACAACAUAUACAUCACAAGUGACCAGGACCUCAUCAUUUCUUACUGCAAAGCCGACUCCGAGGAACCAUUGUCUGAUGGAAACGCGGCGGGGUCGAUUAAUAUAAGCAAUAUACUGACGGGGAAGUGCUUAGCGAAGAUAAAGGCAAGCAACAGUCUUCCGAUUAACGAGUGCAACUGUAGUGCCAGCUGUGGUGGGAAAAAGUGCAACUCGAGGAAGCGCAUACAAGCUUCUAGAAUGAGGAGCACGGUCGCGGAGGCGCUCGAAGAUAUUACUGCUCUCUUCUACGACGAGGAUAGAAACGAGAUCUACACCGGAAAUAGGCUCGGCCUUGUCCAUGUCUGGUCCAACUAAAUUUCACUAGUGUCAAGUGGGCCCCGUUUCCGUAUAUUUCGAAGUUUUUUUUUUUUUUUUUUUUUUUUCUUUUUGAAAGUGUUGUUUUGUUGAUUUGACUUAUUUGGGCUGGGACUAAGUAAAGACGGAGCUCGUAUAUUUGUUUGUGAUAAUUACUUGAGGCUCUCGACGGAGCUAUAUCGAUUUGCUAUUUGCUGUAAUUUGUGUUUUGAGGAACAAUUUGAUGUGCUGUGGUAGUUAUGAACUUAAAACUAGUUGUGGGAGAUGAAUCUGGAUUCUUUGUAAAUUA